AUGCCGUAUUUCGAGAAAGGUGCCAUCACGACGGACACGCUAUGCUUGCAGAGUGCCGAUGAGUAUCAUGGACUGGCAACAACGAUGUGGAGCAUCAAGCAACACCUCGAUAAGGAGCAUGCUGAACGCUGGGAUCGGCCCGUGAUUGUGCCCGGCGUCGUAUUCACUACUGAUGGACGACAACUUGGCUACGGUAAAGGUUAUUACGACCGAUUCCUGGGAUCACAUCGACAGAAAUAUAACUUAAUACCGGUAACCGUCGGAGUGGUAUUGAAGCACCAACUGGUACCAGAUGUCUCCACUACAGCCAACGACUACCUCACUGAUCAUGUCCUGCAUGGCAGUUAA